AUGGAGCCAGGCACCGAGAAAGCUGCCCCUACCACUAAGGAGGGAAUAAAACAGAUCGCAGGAAAGGCCCUCGGGAAAAUUUACAGGAGGUUGGAAAAGCGGCAGCAGACAGGUGAUGCGAUCGAGCUGACGGAGGAUGGGAGACCCAGGGCGGACCAGGAGCGGAAGAAGCCCCUGUGUGACUGCACAUGCUUCGGGCUUCCGCGCAGAUACAUCAUCGCUAUGCUCAGCGGGCUCGGCUUCUGCAUCUCCUUCGGUAUCCGGUGUAAUUUGGGUGUGGCCAUCGUCAGCAUGGUCAAUAACAGCACGAUCCAUGAAAACGGCAAGAUCAUCAUCACAGAGAAAGCGAAAUUCAACUGGGGCCCAGAGACCGUGGGGAUGAUUCAUGGCUCCUUCUUCUGGGGCUACAUAGUUACUCAGAUUCCAGGAGGAUACAUCUCCUCAAGACUGGCUGCAAACAGAGUUUUCGGUGCUGCCAUCGUGCUGACAUCCAUCCUGAACAUGUUCAUUCCCUCUGCCGCCCGGACGCACUAUGGAUGUGUUAUCUUUGUGAGGAUAUUACAAGGGUUGGUGGAGGGAGUGACUUAUCCAGCCUGCCACGGGAUCUGGAGUAAAUGGGCUCCACCGCUGGAAAGAAGUCGUCUGGCAACCAUCUCCUUCUGUGGAUCAUAUGCUGGUGCAGUGAUAGCCAUGCCUCUGGCUGGGAUCCUGGUCCAGUACACUGGAUGGCCCUCUGUCUUCUAUUUGUAUGGAUGCUUUGGGAUAUUUUGGUACAUGUUCUGGGUUUUGGUGUCCUAUGAGAGCCCAGCGGAGCACCCGACCAUCACAGACGAGGAGCGGCGCUAUAUCGAGGAGAGCAUUGGUGAAAGUGCUCAGCUGAUGGGCGCAAUGGAAAAAUACAAGACCCCCUGGAGGAAAUUCUUCACCUCCAUGCCCGUCUAUGCAAUCAUCGUGGCCAAUUUCUGCAGGAGCUGGACCUUUUAUCUGCUUCUCAUUAGCCAGCCUGCAUACUUUGAAGAAGUGUUUGGCUUUGAAAUCAGCAAGGUUGGUGUAGUGUCAGCGCUCCCUCACUUGGUCAUGACCAUCGUCGUGCCAUUAGGAGGCCAGUUAGCGGACUAUCUGCGGACCCACAACAUCAUGUCCACCACUAUGGUCCGGAAAAUCAUGAACUGCGGAGGGUUCGGUAUGGAAGCCACUCUCUUGUUGGUAGUUGGUUUUUCUCACAGUAAGGGGGUGGCCAUCUCUUUUUUAGUUCUGGCAGUGGGUUUUAGUGGAUUUGCAAUAUCAGGUUUCAAUGUCAACCAUCUAGACAUCGCUCCUCGCUAUGCCAGCAUCCUCAUGGGUAUAUCCAACGGGGUGGGUACCCUGUCAGGGAUGGUCUGCCCUUUAAUAGUGGGAGCCAUGACAAAGAACAAGACCCGGGAGGAGUGGCAGUAUGUCUUCCUCAUUGCUGCCCUGGUGCAUUACGGGGGAGUGGUGUUUUAUGGGAUCUUUGCAUCUGGGGAGAAACAGCCAUGGGCUGACCCUGAAGAAACAAGCGACGAGAAGUGUGGUUUCAUUGAUGAGGAUGAGCUUGCCGAAGAGACGGGGGACAUUACGCAGAGUUACGGCGCGAUGGGCGGUCCGGCUAAAAGCUACGGGGCCACUGCACAGCUCAACGGAGGCUGGGUGCAGGACUGGGAUAAGACGGAGGAGUAUGUCCAGGAACCGGCCGGAAAGAUGUAUGCUGAGCGCGGCUACUCUUAA